AUGGCGGAGAGGAGAACUGCCGUGAAGAUGGCAGCAGAGCCGAACUUCUUGCAGUUUAAUGAUUUGGCCUGUGAGGCGGUCGGUGGGAAGGUCAUUUUUGCAUCAGAUGAAUGGUUCGCUCCUGCUGCCAACCUGCUGAAGAGAGAGCCACCGCAGUUUAUCGCUUCUGCCUUCACUGAGUUUGGAAAGUGGAUGGACGGAUGGGAGACCAGAAGAAAGAGAAUACCUGGUCAUGACUGGUGCAUCAUCCAGUUGGGAGUACCUGGGCUGAUCUAUGGCUUUGAUGUCAAUACGUCCUUCUUCACCGGAAACCACUCGCCUUAUGUCUCCAUCCAGGCUGGUUGUCUGGGUAGUCCAACAGACCAUCCACCCACCUUCACACUGGAAGGAGACCGAACUGGCAUGGCCGCCUCCGACAGUCAGCUGGCUGCUGUCGCCAAGCUGGGUUCAGAGGCGUGGCCGGAGCUGGUGUGUAUGUCGGAGCUGCAGCCUGGAUAUUCAGAUUCCUGCCAUAACUACUUCCAGGUCAACUUCAACCGCAGAGUCACACACCUGCGCCUCAACAUGUACCCAGAUGGGGGAAUAGCCAGACUGCGAGUGUUCGGCAUCGGGCAGAGAGACUGGUCGUCUGUUUCCAUCAACCAGGACAUCGACCUGGUAGCUCUGACCAAUGGGGGAGUCUGUCUCGGCUACAGCGAUGCCCACUUUGGACAUCCACGCAACAUGAUUGGUCUCGGUCAGGCUGCCAACAUGGGUGACGGGUGGGAAACAGCGCGCAGACUGGACAGACCAAAAAAACUGAAGGUGGACCAGCGGGGGAUCCUGCAGGUGCCCGGAUGGGAGUGGGCGGUGUUUCGUCUUGGUCACCGCGGAGUCAUCAGCAGCAUCGAGGUCGACACCAACCACUUCAAAGGUAACUUCCCGGACUCCUGCAGGAUCGAGGCGUGCACUUUGACCGCUGAGGAGGAAGCUCAGUGCAUCAGGACCAAGUGGAAUUCUAGGAAAUGGAAGGUCCUCCUUCCACCACAGAAACUUCGUCCUCAUCACAGGCAUCUCUACAGUGUGGAGGAGCUGACACUGAGUCAACCCAUCAGUCACAUCCGCCUCGUCAUCGCUCCGGACGGAGGAGUCAGUCGGCUCCGGCUCUGGGGUCGACCCACGCCCGUCUCCAAGGCAACGGCCAAUCAGCAGAGACCAGUGUCCAAACUCUGAUACACACCUGAGAGCUCGGCCUACAUCACAGAACUACAAACUCACAGAGGAUUUAAUGUUUCUUCUGGUUUAAAUGAUGUUUCUGACCAGUGUAGGAACAUAUGAGUCUGAAAACAGGAUUUGAUGGUAAUUUAUUCUGUAA